AUGGAUCAUCUUGUAGCACGCAUUCGACGUCAAGGUAGACUGAGCGCUCUGUCCGAUGCACUUCUACUGGCUCUUCUGGCAAAUAGUGAUUGCGUUCCCGAGCGAGUCGCGAAUGGCGUUCUGCGUUAG